AUGACUCAACGCGUCAAACGACAACGCCUGUCCGAUCCAGAGGGUUCGCACGAACCCCCGGCAACCAUGCUGGACAAAACCAAGUGGAACGGCUUUUGUGAAAUCGAGUCUGAACCGGCUUUAUUCAAUGUGAUGCUCCGGGAAUUCGGGGUGAAAGGGGUCAAAGUCCAAGAGGUGGUGUCCUUGGACGAAGAAAUGAUGGCCUUUUUGAAGAAGCCUAUCUACGGGUUGAUCUUUCUAUUUCGUUGGCGCGAGGAUGAUUCCGAACAGCAGGAGGCGAGUUGCCCCGAUGGAAUCUGGUUUGCAAACCAAACUGCCAGCAAUGCUUGUGCCAGUGUGGCACUGCUCAACAUCGUCAACAAUAUCCCCGGAAUCGAUCUGGGGGAGAAUCUACACCAUUUUAAAGAUUUCACCAUGCCGUUUACCCCUGCCUUACGAGGCGAUGCCAUCAAUAACUUUGAAUUUGUCAAGAGAAUCCACAACUCGUUCGCCCGGAAAAUGGACAUUCUCAGUUCCGAUUUUCAGCUGAAAGCGGAGGCGACUGCGAAAAAGCCUCGCUCCAAGGGCCUGGAGAUGAAUGAGUCCGAUUCCACCUUUCACUUCAUCGCUUUCAUGCCGGCGAUGGGUCAAUUGUGGAAAUUUGAUGGCUUAGAGCGCCAACCCCAAGCUCUUGGCGAGUGCUCCGACGACGACUGGCUGGAAGUGGCAAAGCCCAACAUCCUCACGCGAAUGGCGGCAUACGAAGUAGAUCAGAUUGAAUUCUCCAUCUUGGGACUGGUACGAGAUCCAUUGCCCGAUCUCGUUCAUCAGCUAGCGGUCAAUGUUCGAAGCCUGGAAAUCCUCAAUGAGCGUGCACUGUCGUUGCAAGACACCGAUCCUGCGGGGUCAGACCCUGCGGCUGUCGUGCUGAAGGAAACAGUGCUCGGCCCCGAUUCAUCCCUCUCUCUGACACGGGAGGCGAUCGACGCGGCACUGGUCUUGGAGGAAGCUCGGGCACAAUACCAGGCGGGUUCAGCGGACCAACUACGGCAGCAUCAACAAGAACUCAGCAACGCUCAGCGUGGGCUCCGGGAGCGCAUUCGAGAAGAGCAACAGUCGCAGUGGGCGGAUGAUGACCAUGCGGCGGGCCGAAGACAUGACUAUGGACCGGCAGUGCGGACAUGGUUGCAAUUCUUGGCACGCAAGCAACUGCUCGAGGUGUUGCAUGAAUGA